GUGUUGGUUGACAUGAUUCAGGUACUGGAUUGGGCAUUUGAAGCUGCUAGCCAAGAAAUGAGAGGCAUGUGCCAAGAGGCAGCAUACCAGCCCGGACUAUACUUGACAGCAACUCAGUUAUUUUGGUCAGCUUCACCUUGGUCUAUUUGUUGGUUACCCCGCACUAUGGUCUACAAGGAGUCCAACGUCCUGUUGAAACCCAUUGUCUCUUAGCUAGUGAUAGAACCGCCAGCUUCUUUGGAAGAAUAUACAAGGAUACCAUCUAUAAAGGAGGUUGAUGAUUUGUUGGUUGUGUGUGUUGGUCAAAUGGCCGUUACAGCUGGCAAUGACCUUCUCUGGUAGCCCUUGAACCAUGAGGU